GCCGGUACUUCGAUUUCCUGGAUGACGAAAAGGAGGGCUUCUUGACCCAGGAGCAUUUGUUGACUGUCGUCAGGACGCUGAAAAAGGUUACCAAGGAGACCACGAUCACGGACACCGCCGAAGUCUCUGAGGAGACUCAGACUUUAAGUAAGCUCGAGGUUGGCGACCUCCUAGAGCUGCUCUCCGAGCCAUCUGAGCAUGGCGACCUUCUCCGGGCAAGGUGCCGUGCUAUGAAAGACGGAACCAGGGGCUGGGUUUCGGUCAAAUCCAACAAUGCCAUGGGACCGGUCUUCCUCCAAGAUGGCGGCCGCAUCUGGAGGGUGCAGAAGGAGACUCUGCUGACGAAGGGCUUCGACAUCGGCACAACUGCCGACGAGGACCGAAAACUGAGGCCCAACGAACUCGUCGGCCUCCGCGAGUGGAUGCAAAAGGAUGAGAAGUCCGGCCUGAUGCGGAUGAAGUGCAAGACCAAAAACGAUGGCAAAGUGGGAUGGGUCACUGCCGUUGGGAACACCGGGACGGUGUUCUUGAUGCCGCAUUAA